AUGGCCACAAAAAUGAAUAGAACCGACACAAAUAGGAGACUCGAGAGCUUGUUAGACAUGGACGAAGCGACCAAAAAUGGCGCCAAGCUUCAGGCUUCGUCUAAGCUGAUUCCAGGCACUGGCUUAGAGUUUAGCAACUUGUCUUAUAGUGUGAUAAAGAAGCAGAAGAAAGAUGGGGUUUGGAUUAAAAAGGAGGCUUAUUUGUUGAAUGAUAUUUCCGGGCAAGCUUUGAGAGGGGAGAUUAUGGCUAUUAUGGGACCAAGUGGUGCUGGAAAGUCUACUUUUCUUGAUGCUCUUGCCGGUAGGAUUGCUCAAGGAAGUCUUCAAGGCUCGGUUAUGAUUGAUGGAAGGCAUGUGACGGCUAGUUAUAUGAAGAUGAUAUCAUCCUAUGUGAUGCAAGACGACCAACUCUUCCCCAUGCUCACAGUCUUUGAAACCUUCAUGUUCGCUGCCGAAGUUAGGCUGCCACCUUCCAUUUCGAGGCCCGAGAAGAGACAGCGAGUCUAUGAACUUCUUGACCAACUUGGCUUGCAGAGUACAACACACACAUACAUUGGGGACGAAGGAAGAAGGGGAGUAUCGGGAGGAGAAAGAAGGAGAGUGUCGAUAGGGAUCGAUAUAAUCCACAAACCAUCCUUGUUGUUCCUCGAUGAACCAACCUCGGGGUUGGACUCAACUAGCGCUUAUAGUGUGGUGGAGAAGGUGAAGGAAAUCGCCCGAGGUGGAAGCAUUGUUCUUAUGACCAUCCAUCAACCUUCCUUUAGGAUUCAAAUGCUUCUUGACCGCAUAAGUGUUCUUGCCAGGGGAAGAUUGAUAUACAUGGGAAGCCCGACAGCUCUUCCGGCUCAUCUUUCAGGGUUUGGAAGGGCAGUUCCUAAUGGAGAGAAUAGUCUCGAAUAUCUCUUAGACGUGAUUAAAGAAUACGAUCAAUCUACGAUUGGGCUUGAUCCGCUAGUCUUGUACCAACGUGAUCGGAUCAAGCCCAAUCUAGUUGCAAUGACUCCCGUUCCAAAGACCCCUCGCUCAUCUUAUGGAAGAACUCCGGUUGCCUCUUAUGGAAAAACUCCGGUACCAAACCAUUUGGACCUCCGUAGCCACCACUCAUCUGUCGGUGGCACAACACCUCAGACAUCACAAUCAGGACAAUUUAGUAAUUAUGACGACGAUGACGACGAAGAUUUCGACAACUCUUUAGAAAGAAAGUCAAAGGUAUCCCGCACGCCGAGGAAUAACAUGCAUAGUGGUGUUUAUAACCAACGUUUGGCGUCCCAUUUCUACAAGGACUUUUCCGUUUGGAUGUACAACGGUGUCAUAGGGACGCCACGACGUGCGCCAUCGUGGACCCCGACUAUGACACCCGGACGCACUCCUAUGACGUCGGUUUCCAUGUCGGCAAUAAGGAGUGGUCAUUAUAACCCUACGCCACGUCAACCGCCUCAGAGAGCUUCGAAGACUCCGGAACCUAUAUUUAGCCCUUCAAUAGAUCAAUACGAGUCUUCUUAUUAUGAGGAUAUUGAAAUGGAAAUACUCGAUGAACCCUACGACCAUGAGUCGAAAUUUGCGAAUCCUUGGAUAAGGGAAGUCAUGGUUCUCUCAUGGCGUAACUUACUUAACGUGAUUCGCACGCCAGAACUCUUCCUCUCUCGAGAGAUUACUUUAAUCGUGAUGGGUCUCAUUCUUUCCUCCCUUUUCAAAAAUCUCCACCAACCAACUUUCAAAAACAUCAACCAACUUCUAAACUUCUACAUAUUCUCAUUGAGCCUCAUAUUCUUCUCUUCAAACGACGCCGUGCCAGCUUUCAUCCAAGAGCGGUUCAUCUUCAUUCGCGAGACCUCCCACAACGCUUACCGAGCAUCAUCCUACGUCAUCUCGUCCCUCAUAGUUUACCUUCCUUUCUUCGCGAUCCAAGGUUUCACUUUCGCAGCCAUAACCAAAUACAUUCUUAAUCUUAGGAGCAACAUCCUCUACUUUUGGCUAAUCCUCUACGCUUCCCUCAUCACAACCAACGCUUACGUGAUGCUCAUAAGCGCUCUAGUACCAAGCUACAUCACGGGCUACGCGGUUGUCAUCGCGACCACAGCUCUCUUCUUUCUCACAUGUGGCUUCUUCCUCAAGGCAUCAAAAAUACCCAUUUAUUGGAAGUGGUUGCAUUACAUUUCGGCUAUGAAAUACCCAUUCGAUGCAUUGCUUACGAACGAGUUCAAGGGGAAGGGAACUUGCUACAAUGGGAGUCCAUCGGAGCUCCAACCGGGGCCUUUAGGCGACAUUAGCAUUAGCAAGCUGCAUAUCGAGGCGAAUGAUCUUCCGGAAGCAUGCAUGUUGAUUGGAGAAGACAUAUUAUCCACAAUGGGCAUUAAGAUGGAGAACAUAUGGUAUGAUAUUGCCAUAUUGCUUGCAUGGGGUGUAUUUUAUCGUUUUAUCUUCUACUUGAUUCUUAGAUUUUACUCUAAGAAUGAGAGGAAAUAA